AUGCCCCUGCGAUUGGAUGUGAAAAAGAAAUUGUUGGCCAGAUCAGAUCGCGUCAAAUGCGUUGAUUUACAUCCAGUCGAAACAUGGAUGCUUGUGGCACUUUACAAUGGCAAUGUUCACAUAUGGAAUUAUGAAAAUCAACAGCUCGUGAAGUCUUUCGAGGUUUGCGAACUACCAGUGCGAUGCGCAAAAUUUGUCCCGCGCAAAAAUUGGGUAAUAACAGGAUCGGAUGAUAUGCAUGUGCGUGUUUUUAAUUACAAUACACUGGAACGUGUACAUCAAUUUGAAGCACAUUCUGAUUAUUUACGUUCUAUUGCCGUCCAUCCAUCUCAGUCUUUCAUUCUGACCUCAAGUGAUGAUAUGCUCAUUAAACUUUGGGACUGGGAUAAUAAAUGGAGUGUGAAGCAGACUUUUGAAGGCCAUACCCAUUAUGUAAUGCAGUUGGUUAUCAAUCCAAAAGAUAACAAUACUUUUGCAACUGCCUCACUUGACAAGACAGUGAAAGUUUGGCAGUUUGGUAGCCAUACAGCAAAUUUCACUUUGGAGGGUCAUGAAAAAGGUGUAAAUUGUAUCGAUUAUUAUCAUGGUGGUGAUAGACCAUAUCUGAUUUCGGGUGCAGAUGAUCGCCUUGUUAAAAUAUGGGAUUACCAGAAUAAAACAUGUGUUGCUACUUUGGAUGGACAUGCACAGAAUGUGUCAGCGGUUUGCUUCCACCCUGAGUUACCGGUUAUUAUCACUGGUUCGGAAGAUUCGACAGUUAGGUUGUGGCAUGCCAGUACAUAUAGAUUGGAGACGACUCUCAAUUAUGGCCUUGAACGUGUUUGGUGCAUUCACGCCUUACGCGGUUCAAAUACAAUUGCUAUCGGCUAUGAUGAAGGUUCGGUAACAGUUAAAUUGGGUAGGGAAGAACCAGCAGUUAGUAUGGACUCGAGUGGAAAAAUUUUAUGGGCCAAGCAUUCUGAAAUGCAACAAGCUAAUUUGAAGACACUUGAUGCUGCUGCGCUAGAACAAAUGCAAGAUGGAGAGCGUAUUUUACUGUCGAUAAAAGAUGUAGGUUCUUGCGAAAUAUAUCCCCAAACACUGGCUCAUAAUUCUAACGGACGUUAUGUAGUUGCUUGUGGUGAUGGUGAAUAUAUUGUUUACACUGCCAUGGCUUUGCGUAACAAGGCUUUUGGCUCCGGUUUAGAAUUUGUAUGGGGUGCCGACCCUUCAGAAUAUGCUGUUCGUGAAUCGACAUCUAGUAUUAAAAUUUUCAAAAAUUUCAAGGAAGUGCGCACGUUACGUCCUGAUGUGAUUAUGGAAGGCAUAGAAGGUGGACCACUCGUUGCUGCUCGUUCUGCGAAUGCUUUAUGCUUUUUUGACUGGGAAACAGGAUCUUUAAUCCGUCGAAUAGAGAUAUCAGCCAAACAUGUUUAUUGGUCUGACAAUGCUGAAAUGGUUGCAAUUGCAAGUGAAGAUGCAUUUUACAUAUUGAAAUAUAAUAAAGAAGCAGUUGAAAAUGUAACAGCAGCUGAUAUUGACGGCAUAGAGGAUGCUUUCGACGUCGUCGGUGAAGUACAGGAAAGUAUUAAAACAGCAAUAUGGAUUGGUGAUUGCUUCAUAUUUACGACUGACUUAAACCGACUAAACUAUUAUGUAGGGGGUGAAAUAGUAACUAUUGCCCAUAUGGAUCGUCCUCUGUAUUUACUGGGUUAUACUCCAAAAGAAAGCAGACUAUACUUAUGCGAUAAAGACCAUAAUUUCGUCUCAUAUCGUUUGCUGUUAUCAGUACUCGAAUACCAAACUGCAGUUAUGCGUCGGGAUUUUGACACAGCGAAUACUAUGUUGCCAGUAAUACCGCGUGAUCAUCGAACUCGUGUAGCGCACUUUUUGGAGAAACAAGGAUUCCGGAAGCAAGCUUUAGUGGUUAGUCAGGAUCCAGACCAUCGUUUUGAGCUUGCUCUCUCCCUUGGAGAUUUAAAACUAGCGUAUGAUCUUGCCGUGAUUGCUGAUUCGGAGGAAAAAUGGCGACAACUUUCUCAAGCAGCUACACUGCAGAGCGAACUUAUGUUAGCCGGGGAGUGUCUUGGUCGGGCACGGGAUUAUGGUGGAUUAUUAUUGCUGGCUACAUCUGCUGGAUCGGUUGCAUUGCUAUCUAAGUUGGCAUCCGAUGCAGAGCUUUCGGCGCAACAUAACUCAUCAUUCCUUUCAUACCUUCUGCUCGGAGACUUGGACAGAUGUUUGGAAAUUUUGAUUUUAACUAACCGCCUUCCGGAGGCUGCAUUUUUUGCACGCACAUACUGUCCGUCUCAGGUUGAUCGCGUUGUGUCGUUAUGGAAAGAGAAGAUUUCCUGUAGGAUAUUAGAGGGACAGAAGAACAUUGGUGAAAGUCUCGCUCAGCCAUCAAAAUAUCCCAAUCUUUUCUCGGGUUUUAAUGAAACACUAAAAGCUGAGCGGUUCCUCAAAGAAUUAACGAAAUUGCCAAUUAAAGCAUCGGCGCGCCCACCAAUUAAUACAGAGCGUAAUAUUCUUGGAGAAAUGGCGGAGGCAGAAAAAUCAGGUGCGCUAAUUUUUAAUGAAGAUGGAGGUGCAGAAUUGUUGAGAAACGAAAAUGCUGUUCUGGAUAGCCGGAUUAUAGAAGCAUGUAAUACUGCGACCGAUUCAGCUUUUUUGUCUGGAAAUGUACAGACUAUUCUAAAUUCCUCGAGAGCACUGCUGACGACUUCAACUACUCCACUGUCACAAAUUUCGUCCAAGAUUAUGCACAAGUCUUCCACAACUCCAGAUUCUCAAACUGAUUCAACAGCUGUAACAAGCGAUUCUUCCAAGUCCCUGUCAGGACAAUAUAUUUACACAAAACCACUGUCUCAUAUGUCUCAUAUCUCUUUGGAGAUCACGGCUCCAACUGAUAUAAAUUCUGAUAUUGCUGAAGAUAGCGAAGAAGAAGAGGGAAAUCUGGUGGAUGUAGCCAUGGGUCCAGAUAUUGUACGCGACCGUGCUCGACCAGAUAUCGUUCCUUCAGACGGAGGACCGGACGUCGUUGAAAGUGCUCUUCAACCGCAACCUGAAGUGGUGCAAGAUGCAGAAAUAAGAAAUCAAGAGAGAGUAAUAGCUUGGAGCGAUAACGAAGAUGAUGAUCGGUUUGAUGACGAUAUUGCGUUCAAUAUUGAUGAAUUGAGUUUGAAAAAUAAUGAGUAA